AUGCUGCUCCUCCUCCUCGCAGCCGGGCGACCCGCCGCACCCGGCCGUGCGGCGCACAUGCGAACGGCGGACGAGACGAGGACGGCGGCGGCGGAGCGGCAGGCUGUGAGUGACACCCUCGAGCGCGUCCUUGAGAGCGCAAAGCGUGGCGCGACAGUCGGAGACCUGCUUGACGAGGCCAAGAGCAGGCUCACAAAUCUGGACGAGGCUGCACGCUCUCAAAUCGCAUCAGCUUUGGACGAGCGCGAUGCUGCGAGGCUUGCGGCGAGGAGGAGCGAUGCUGCGCGCGAAGCGGCGGUCGCUCGCGCUGCGGAGUCCGAGGGCGCGGCGCGAGAGGCCGAGCUGGCCCGCGCUACCAUGGAGGCGUCCAUGCACGCGGCGCAGUCGGAGAUUGCGAAAGUUCACGUCGAGCUCGAGGAGGCCAAGGCGCGGGCCGCGGCAGCGGAGGAGGCGGAGGCGAGGGCGGCCGCGAUGCUGUCCGAGGGGAAGGAGUUUUGGUCGGAGCGGGUCGGAGACCUCGACGACGCGCUCGAAUCGCAGCAGGACCAGCUCGCGCGGAUGGAGCGGGCGCUGCGCGAGAAGUCAGACGAGGUGGAGCGGCUCGAGGCUCUGGCGGAGGCGUCGCGGACGUCGUCCAAGGAUGAGUUGUCGGCAGCGGAGCUCGCAAAGCGCGAGCUGGAGACGCAGCUGCGGAGCGCCGCCCUCGAGGCGAGCUGCGCCGGGGAGCGAGCGCGCGAGCUCGAGGCGCAGCACGGCGCGUGCCACGACCUCGCCCUGUGGAGAGCGCCUCUUCACACCUCCCGCUGUGAGCAGCUGGUCGCCGACGUGUUUUGCGAAUCGGCUGGAGGCGGCAAAGGUGAGAGCUCGGGAGGCGGGGGCGGCAUCUUCUCUGGCGGCUCCGACGGCGAAGGAGAGGGCGAAGAUGGCAGUGGCGGCGGCGGCGAGGCCGGCGACGGCGGCGGCGAGGCUGGCGACGGCGGUGGCGAGGACGGCGGCGGCGUCGACGGGAACGCUGAGGGCGGCGGUAGUGACGGCGAGGCGGAUGGCGGCGGCGUUGACGGGGACGCUGAGGGCGGCGGCAAUGAUGGCGAGGCAGAGGGCGGCGGAGGCGAGGGCGAGGCGGACGGCGGCGGCGGCGGCGGCGGCAAAGGCGAUGCUGAGGGCGGCGGCAAUGACGGCGAGGCAGAGGGCGGCGGAGGCGCGGGCGAGGCGGACGGCGGCGGCGGCGGCGGCAAAGGCGAUGCUGAGGGCGGCGGCAAUGACGGCGAGGCAGAGGGCGGUGGAGGCGCGGGCGAGGCGGACGGCGGCGGCGGCGGCGGCGGCAAAGGCGAUGCUGAGGGCGGCGGCGGCGGCGGCGGCAAAGGCGAUGCUGAGGGCGGCGGCGGUGACGGAGUCGGCGAGGGCGGUGGUGAGGGCGGCGGUGCCGGAGUCGGCGAGGGCGGUGGUGAGGGCGGCGGUGCCGGAGUCGGUGAGGGCGGUGGUGAGGGCAACUGCGAUGGCAAGGGCAACAGUGAUGGAGGACGAUCAAGUGUCGCGACCAAUGGUUGCGGCUUGGACGCAGAAGGCGGGAGUUGGGUCGCAGGCACUGAAGUAGUGAGUGUCGGCGCCGAAUUGAGUGGUGACGGCGCCGACGUGAGUGCUGACGGCGCCGCGAUUGCCAGGAUCGCUAUCGAGCCGCCAGACCGCAGCAUCUGCCACCGGCGAUUCGAUGCAGACAGCCGCCGAGUAGGGGGAAAAGAAACAGAGAAACCAUUGGGUUUGUACUAUUAA